CAAAAUACAAUAAAAAAACAAAGUAAACGCAGCAAAAGAAAGAAAGCCGACGCAGAUCAUAGAUCACAUAAAUAAACUCAACUAAACAAAUUCGCGUAUUCUCGUGCCAAAAAUCCGUAUUUGAAUCGAACCGGAAUGUGUGCCCAGCUGAAAGUCUUUGGAGUCGUGGUGAUGGUGUUGAUGAUGCUAUUGGUGGCGUGUCAGGCGCGUCCCAUGGAUCUGUACGAUGAUGUCAGCGACUUCUUCGAUGCCAUCUCACUGGACGAUGUGGCGAACACUGGACGCAACACGCAUCCCGAGCAAUUCUGCAUGAUGCCCGCUCGCAAAGGUGUUUGUCGUGCCUUGAUCCCCAGAUGGCGAUACGAUCCGGAGCAGAAAAAGUGUGUGGAAUUCAAAUUCGGUGGCUGCGAUGGCAACGAAAACAAUUUCCCCAGCUACAAGACAUGCAUGGCCACCUGCGAAGGCAUGUAGAGGGAAAUUUCGAAGGGAAAUUUAAGGGGAGUUCUGCUGGUCGGUGUUUCCGUUUCCGAUUAGCCGGCGUUGCCAAAGGCGCAUGCUUUUCUUUCACCCGAAUCGAAGGCAGCAUUUACUUAUAAAACACAUUCACAUUCACACACACACACAAACACGCACAACAACAACACACAUUAUUCAUUAAGCAACUGUCUUUCAAUAUUUCUCUUAAUAUUUAUGCAGUUUCUUAUUUUGUAAGUAAUUUCAUGCAUCAUUUUCUAUUGCUUUACAUAAGGUGUUCAACACUUGCGUAGCUCUUAAGUUAUUGUGAUAAUUAUUCAUGAUGAAAUAAAAUACAUAAAACAUUUUUUAUAAA